GGUUUAACGUUUAACCAAGCGCGGGAGUUCUGCUGUGCAGAGUCACACCAGUUUUGCAUCUUGAGCAGAGACGCCGCCAGUUUCCUGAAAGAAAAGUUUCAAGGAAUUCACCAUGGAAGAAAGUCAGCAGCCUCGUCUAGUUAACGGUUGUUCUGCUAAGAAAAGAGAAGAUUACCUGGAAUGGCCAGAGUAUUUUAUGGCUGUUGCCUUUCUGUCAGCACAAAGAAGCAAAGACCCAAACUCUCAGGUGGGUGCAUGCAUCGUGAACCAGGAGAACAAGAUAGUUGGCAUUGGUUACAAUGGAAUGCCCAAUGGCUGUGAUGACGACCUGCUGCCCUGGUCCCGCUCUGCUGACGAUCGUCUGGACACUAAAUACCCUUACGUGUGCCACGCAGAGCUGAACGCCAUCAUGAACAAGAACAGCGCGGAUGUGAAGGGAUGCACCAUGUAUGUGGCUUUGUUCCCAUGCAACGAGUGCGCCAAGCUGAUCAUCCAGGCAGGUCUGAAAGAAGUGAUCUACCUUUCUGAUAAGUACCACGACACACCUGAGAUGAUGGCGUCCAGAAGGCUGCUCAACAUGGCGGGAAUACAAUACAGGCAGUUCCAGCCCAAGAGGACUCAGAUUGUCAUUGAUUUUAAUUCCAUUAACCAGGCUGGAAUGCUGAAUGGGGCCCCCCACUGAAAAAGACGGCUCAAGGAUUUGCUGAACCUAAGAGAACCUGGAGCUGGAAAAACUCUAUAGAAUACUUUAAAUGUUUUAUGUUUAUUAUUAUGACAUUUUUUUGGCUGCAGGAGCAGAUGAGCCAGAAUCUGUUAAACCAGCUGCUUAAUAUGUUGGAUAUAUUUUAACAUCUGUAAAGGUGAUAAACUGAAGAAUCUCAGCAUAGAUUGGUCAGAUUUAACCUUCCAGUUUUUUUGUAUGAAAGAAGCUUUAAUCCAUCCCCUCCAUGUGCAAACGUCAGGUGUGACGUCUGAAACUGAGUUAUAGUUACUAAGAGAAAAAAAAUCUAAGCUUAUUAUCUCGGUCAAUAUUUGGGAUGUUUCAGUAAUCAUGCAGAAAAUAAAGGAUUGGGGGAAAUAAAAAUGUGAUUGCAUUUCCUGCAGCACGUCUCCCGGUUGUUUGAUCGAUGUUAAUCCAUGCAGGUGAACGACAGCUUCUCUGUGAUGUUUGAGGACUUUCUUUAUCGUGAAGCAUCAGUGAAUUUCUCCGUUUUUGCCUUUUUAAAAGCUGUGGGAUGCUUUUUAGUCUGUGGAGGAUGGGAUGUAAACACUGUAAUGAGCAGUACUGAAAUGCAGCCAGGGUAUUAUUUGUAUUUUGGUUUAUUUAGCUGCUUGGAGGCUUUUAUAAGGUGCUUAAUGACAAAGUGACCAUUUUUAUUCACCAUCAAAAAGUUCAUUAGUUCUUUGUACUUGGUGAUUAUGUGCGACUAAAAUUGCAAAGUCUCUUUGUUUCAUUUGUUAGGAGAGUUACUACCACAUGUUUGCCUCUUUAAGGUCAAUAAAAAUCUACUUUACAGUCAA